CAGCCUUUCCGCAGGGGUGGAGUUGUUCAACAUGCUGCCCGGCGUGGGGGUUUUCGGCACCAGCCUCACCACACGGGUGAUCGUCCCUCUGCUGCAGAGUCAGGGCUUCCCGGUCAAAGCACUGUGGGGAAGGACGCCCGAGAAAGCCGAGGAGCUGGCCAAGGAGAUGGACGUGCCUUUCUACACCAACAGGAUCGACGACGUCUUGCUGCACCACGACGUCGACUUGGUUUGCAUCAACCUGCCGCCUCCACUCACCCGCCAGAUCGCGGUAAAGACCUUGGGAAUCGGAAAGAAUGUCAUCUGUGACAGAGCUGCAACUCCUCUGGAUGCAUUUCAAAUGAUGUCAGCUGCACAUUAUUACCCCAAACUUAUGAGUAUCAUGGGUAAUGUUCUCCGUUUCCUUCCUGCUUUUGUUAAAAUGAAGCAAAUGAUUCAAGAAGGUUAUGUGGGGGACUUGAUGAUCUGUGAAGUCCAGGUUCAUAGUGGAAGCCUUCUGGGUAAGAAGUAUAACUGGAGCUGUGAUGACCUAAUGGGUGGUGGAGGACUACACUCAGUAGGAAGCUACAUUAUUGAUCUUUUGACUUUUCUAACCAGCCAAAAGGCUGUCAAAGUCCACGGCUUCCUAAAAACCUUUGUGAAGCAGACAAAACACAUCCGAGGAAUUCGCCAGAUCACCAGCGAUGACUUCUGCACAUUUCAGAUGGUUUUAGAAGCUGGUGUGUGCUGUACUGUAACAUUGAAUUUCAAUGUCCCUGGAGAUUUCAAGCAGGACAUCAUUGUCGUGGGGUCCACUGGCAGAUUGAUAGUAAGUGGUAGUGAUUUGUACGGACAGAAAAACAGUGCAACUCAAAAGGAAUUGAUUCUGGAAGACUCAACUCCUUUAAGCAAUGAGUUGCUCCCAGAAAAGGCUUUCAGGGAUUGCCCAAUCCCAUUCCUCAGGGGAACCAUCAUGAUGGUUCAAGCCAUUCGACAGGCAUUCCAAGACCAAGAAGAUCGUCGGACCUGGGACGGGAGACCACUAACUAUGGCAGCAACAUUUGAGGAUUGUUUGUAUGCACUGUCUGUGGUGGACACCAUUAAAAAAUCCAAUGAAACUGGUGAAUGGCAGAACAUUGUGAUCAUGACAGAAGAACCAGAGAUUAGCCCUGCAUAUCUGAUCAGCGAGGCAAUGCGUCGCAGUAGAAUGUCCCUAUUAUAUUAACUUUUAAUUGCUUUUCAUAGCAAGUAGUUGAGGCUAAGGAUGUUCAGGGGAUUUCUGGGUGAGCACGUUGAUGUGAUACUAAUAGAAUUUCCUGGUUUAAAUAAUGUUGCCACAUCUAUAAAAUUUAUUUGCAACAUGCCAAGUAAAUUUAAAGUGAUGUGUGUGACAAGUAUUAUUGAAACAAACAAGUGCUGAUAACUAUUCAUGAUCAUCCCGACUUGGGUUAUUGUAAACUUUUUAAAAGGAAAUUGUUUUCUAUUACAGUUUGAUAUAUUGACCUACGUUAGAGUUCAUCAUGUUAGGGAAAGGGGUGCAUUUUAUACUUUAGCAUCUCAGAGCUUUGCAGAAUUGCAGCAAGUGUCUUUGCACACAGAGACUAAUAAUCCAUGUCUGCUGUGAUCCAGAAGCGCAGAACAUCUUUGCAGAAAUUCCUUACAUACAUUACGCUUGAACAAAGUUCUGUAGUAGAAGCACUGUACAGAAAAUUACCCUGGCAUUAGAAAUUAUAUAUUUUUUUACAUUUUGCAACCAGAAGGCAGAGUUUACUAUGCAAUGUGUAUGUAAUAUCAGUUGUUUUCACAAUGGAGUGACAUAAAGAAAUUACUUUUAGUGUGAAGCAUAUAGAUUUCUUGGUGCCUGGUUGUUGAGUACACCACUGGAGCAUACUUGGCUACAGGAUGCUUAGCUGCCCUUUUAACAAGUGCAUUUCAAGAGGACACCUAAUGAAAAUGAUAAUGUUUUAAUUAAAAGCUGUUUUAAUGUAGUUAUUUAAAUAACUAAUAGUGAUAUUGAAAUUUGUCUGCUGUCGUAUGCAUUACGCACGCAAUGUGGUAUAAUAAUUACAUCGGAUUCUGCUUCUGAAUUGUUAUUACACCCCAACUUUGAAAAUAACAAAAGAUGACUUUCCACCUCAGUAUGUUUUACAAUCUUGUGUACUGGUUUGAUACCUAGGGGAACACAAAUUGAAAUUUGGCAUUCAUUUUAAACCAGAAUUUGAAAUUAAAAUGAAAUGAAUAAAAAGGUGACUGUGAAGCUAUUGUAUUGUUGAAGGAACAUGAUGUUGUCAUGUUUUAAAGCUAAUAUGACCACUGACCUGAACCUUCCAGACUAUUCUGAUCCUGAUGGCCUGCAAGAACUAAAGUCCUAAAGUUUCCUGAUUCCCCAAUCCAACCCGUGAGGUCCUGAUCCACCCCUCCUUGUUCCAUUACCCCAUUGUGACUGGAUAUGUUUCCUUGCGCAUUAGUGGAGCCCAUGAAGAAAGCUAUUAAAUUUUUGUCUUGUGGCACAUCACCAAAUGAGUUCAAGCCUUUCCAGGUGCCAAUUAUUUUCUAGGCUGCUAAAUGCACAGUCGGGUAGUAAUGCAGUUAAUGUGUUAGCCCAGGUCACACUAACGUGAUUACCUGUGAUCUGGCAUAUUAAGCAUGCCACUCAGAUAGACAAUCAGAGGUUAGGAAAGCUCAUUACCUAUGAAUGGAAUUGGGAAUGGAGAGUCAAUACCAGCCUUGCUAACAAUGGUGGUGCUAGUGUGUCAUUUAUAUGGUGCAUAACUUACUUUCUUCAAUACAAAUAUCAAUUGAUGCUUGUAAAUCUAAACAGAAACUUUAAGUAGGCAAAGCUCAUUCAUGCAAGAGUUGUGCCAAAGCCCAGACAAUGGAUGAACACUUCAUUCUUUGCAUCCAGGCUCAGAAUUUACCCAUCUACAAUUUCUUUUGAAAGCCAUCACACCCUAGAAUAAUAUUUUCAAGAUUUAAAUGCUUGAGAAUUUUAUAAAGAACCUGUGAGUUUGAAAAGCAAAGGGGUAGUUGCAGCAUGUGUUCUGCCUGUUAAUCAUCCCACAGUCAGUCACUGUUUGUCAUUAGAAAUUGGCAACCAUGACCACAUUGAGUAACUUCAGAAUUGGAUGAAAAUUUUUUGAGACACCCUGGAGUUGUGACAGGCAUUAUGUAAGGUCAAGUAUUUCAAUAACAUGAAGUUCUGGUAAGCUGGGCUAUUUAAACUUUCUUUAUUAUAUACUACAGAUAAUGCUAAUAAAACAGCAAUUCUUUUCAUGAUAGAAGGUACUUUUCUCCUUUUCAUUGCCCUCUUUAGAGAAAGUAAAAUUAUAUUUUCAAGAAUUUAAAGGCAAGGAUGUUUGAAACAGGCAGGUGGGACCUGAUUUGCAUUUGAAUUACUGGUAUACUGGAAAACAUUGCCUUCUUUGCCUCCCUCAAAUAUGCCACUGUGAUCAUCUAAUGUAGCAAUAUAUGCAAAGAUCCAAAUUGAAAUCACACAGCUCCUCGUCUCCCCUAUCCAUUCAUAUUCUGGCGCUGAGACGGUGCAAUCACAAGGGAGUACACAGAUAGGCUCAAAAAUGUGUUGAUCAGUCUGGUACUGAAUAUUCCUUUACAAAUCCAAUUGCGGGAAUGAGAGUUCUGAAAAAAAGUUUUGUUUAACUUUUGGCAAAAAAGCUAAUUAUAAAUUACCUAUUUGGGUCAUGAAGACAGAAGCAUAGAAAUGCUUUGAUUUUAUUUUCCCUGAAAAUAUUUGCUUUGAAAUAUAUUGGGUAUUCAGAUUGAUCCCUGAAUAUUCUGUAUUGAAUUGGCAAGUGAGAAAUCUUGCCAAGUUCUAAUAAUUUUGUCCUGAAUUAGUAGCCAUUUUUGCUCAUUGGGGAAAAUAUUAGCAUACUGCGUGAAGCAAGUUUUACACUCCUGUAAAGUUAUGUUGGGAAAGGGCAUGAAGAGUUUUUUUUUUGCCGGUCUUCACUGAGGAAUCUGGAAUAAUCUUCUGAGGAAUGGCAGUCUUUCUGUAGUAGAGAUCUAAAUCUGUUUUUGCUUUGCUGGGCAAUAUGAUUUGUGGGAUCUGUAGCCUUUUCCCCAUGGCUUUGUACUUGUAACUUCACAAAUAUCCAUUUAUGUUGACCAAGCUAGUUUUACUCUUCUGGAUGCACCCUACAAGAGUAGUUUUAAUAAUACACAUUUCCUCAGAUAAACAUUACCCACCUUAUACUAAGUAUAAAAAAAUAGAAAAUUAAAACAACUUCAGAUGCCGGAAAUUUCAAAUAAAAACAUAAAAUGCUGGAAUUACAUAGCAGGAUAGGUGGGAAGAGAAAUGUUUCAGGUUGAAGAUUGUUCAUCAGGCAGAAAAUUGUUAGGUCAAAUUCAGAUUGUUUAUACAUACUCCAAGUUAAGAGUAUUAUUGUAAAAUAACUUUAUUGAUUUAAAAACAUAAUUUAGAAUUAUCUACUUUGGUCAACUGUACACUAAAGGUACAUGCUGUGACUGCCAAAGCGAGCCAUAAGGUAGUUGAGCUCUUUAGCUUUGUUGACUGGCUUUGGAGGUAUCAUCUAAUUUGUUUGCAGCAGUAAAUUUAUAAUUGGUAAGAAUAAGGAAGGAGGAUCCAUUUGGAACGUACUAACAAUGACUGGAGGACACUGGGGUAUGUUUAAGUAAGUUUAGAACAGUUCCUGUUGCAAUAUUACAGUAUUUUUACAUCAAAGUGAAUAUGUAUGUGUAAGAUAAUGCAGCUUAAAACAAUAAACUAAUAAAGGUGAUGACCUAUACUCUAUACCAGAAUAAAGACUCCAAACAGUACAGACAGGCAGAACUACUCCCACACGCUAAUUAUAUCGCUUAUCGAUUAAAGUAAUAUAAAAGUCAAAGAUUUAAAUAUGGAUUUGGUGAUCCCAAGAUGAGGCUGACUCGCAUGCUAUUCAAACAGCAAUUUUAUAACUUAUGUCUGUACAAUUUACUAUUAAAUCUAUAACAAAUUAAGAACAAAUUAAUGAAAUGUGGACUCCAGUUAAAUAUAAUGCUUGAAUUCCAUAAAACAGUUCUUGGCUGUGAAUGAAUGUACUCAAUCAAAGAACUCGCUACAUUUGUAUUUGAAAUUCAAUGUUAUUAAUGAUCAGAGAAAAAUUAAUAUUCAUGACUAAAUGUAUUGAUAAUGUUUUUUGAAAUGUUGCAUUUAUGAUCAGAGGAGACAUGUCUGUGAAAUCCCUUAUGUUAUUUAUGGUCGUGUGUUUUUAGCAUGAAUAUCUGUAUAUAUGCAGGAAAGAUAUUUAUCAAGGUUAAAAAUAAGUAGAAGAGACUACAGAAUUUAUAUUUUCUAUAUACUAGAUGACAGACCAAAACAUUCUUAGUAUGUUAAAUACUCUUAUUUAAAAUAUGCAAAAAGUAAUGAGAUUUUACUAUCCAUUGUACUGUGAAAAGAGUUAAAAACACUGUAUUGUUAGCUAAGAUUAGUCUAUGCAUGUCUCUGUUGGAGAUAGCUUGCGCUUUUAUGUUAUGCUACCUAGUUGUGCUUGCUGUCUGGGCUUUCUGAUAUGUGCAGAUUGUAAUAUGCAAAUGAUUCUGUUACUGUUUUUGCAGACUGUCCUGCUGAGUUUUCUAAUGCCCUCAUUUACAUACAUCCAAAGGAAUAUUGCUCACUGAAGGGAUAAUCAGAAAUGAUACCAUGUCUUUGAAGAGAAUGCAAUCUACUUUAUUGUAAAUUUUUGUAUGCUUAGGACACUAGAGCUUAGAAAUUGGAUCCAUUACCACAUGUUUUUCAGGUGCAAAGUGAUUUUACCAAGGAUAGUACUGUACUAAUGAUCAUUCUUGGGUGAAUGCACUCUCAAUGUAAAAUAUCUGAAUUUUCCUGAUACAUUUAAAGAUGCCAUAAGCAACACAUCACAUUUUCUCUCUUAUUGACAAUUCUUGGUGAACACACUUAGAACAUCUAGAAAAUAUAUUCAGCUACUAGUACAUUUGAGUACUUUUAAAGGUAUACUUUGUGGACAUUAGGUAGACUAAACUCAUGGAACUCAUUGGAGAUUAUCUCCCAAAGGCCACAGAAUGUGUUUAAACUAAUAGCAAAUGCUUCCCCAGGUUGUAACUGCUGAGAUAUUCCAUGGCUGCCUCACUGGCGACAUUGCUGACACUAUUUGAUCUUUUCUGCUGAAGCAUGUCAAAGUCUAGCAAUGCCAGCAGCUGCCACAAAAAUAUCACUUAUCUCUGCACAAUUACUUAUAAUAUUUCUCCUAAAAUCAGAAAUGUUUCCACACAAAUAAUAUGUUCAAGACCUUAUAUCCCAAAAAUGGUGUAAAUCAGAACAUCUUCAGUAAAAGUACUGAAAAUUACUACUAUCCAAUUUAAUGAAGUUUAGAAGGUCUGAUAAUCUCAUUGUCUCCCAUUGGUUACAGGAAAGCUCCUCUGUCCCUUGGAGUUACAUGGGAUCCUUAAUGGUCAACAAAAGGCUCUUGGACUGGAGUUAGACUGCUGCCCAUAGCUGGUGGUGAGGCAUGGGUGAGGGUGCAGCCUGAGAGACAGUAGUUGGCAGUAACUUAGUCCCUGCAUGAGAGGAGUGCUCAGGUGACUGCAAUAUUAUUCCAACUUAAAGACCCAGAACUGUGGCAACUAACAGACCCUGUUGUUCCAAGUUUCUUCUCUUGGAGUCAGCUCUUUGACCAACUGGAGCAGGACUUAGCUCAUGGUUGUAAAAGAGGUGAGAGGAUGAGGCAACAGAGCUGUGAUCUGUAAAAGAGAGACAAAUUCCUGAGUGUUAUUUUUUUUGUGGGAGAGCGAUGUCCACAUGUAUGGGAUUUCCCUGCUCUAUACAGCAGAGCACUCUGAUCACGUAUCUCUCUUAACAGAAAAACUCAGUGCUGUCAUGUAGCAUCCCAUUACUCCUGGGGAACGAUGAGCUGCUCAUGGUUGGCAUUGUAGCCACUGAGAGCAGUAAGCCCCAUUUGAAUAGCAUGAUGAAGGUAAAUGAGGAUGUUCAGCUGAUUCCUGAUGGUUUGUUGCUUUUCCCUUACAGGUUUCAAGCAGGUCCUGUGUAGCUGAGUGGUGAAGCUGCUUUGAAGCAGUCAAUAGAAAACUUAGAUAUGGUUGACAUGCCAAUGUCUCUAAAUGAGGGGGCACUAUUCCUGUUGGUCUAGGGCUUGUCUACACAAGACCACCACUGCCACCUCCUGCAAUGUCUUUCUGAUUUUUCUAAUUAUUAUUUUUUGAAUCUGUGGCAGGGCUGGCACUUAUUGCCAAGAUUUCCAGCAUCUGCAGAUUUUCUCUUAUUUUUACUCAUUGCCGAUCCAUGAUUUUCCCUUGACAAGGUGGUGAUGACAACUGACCAGCUUGGCUGGCCAUUUCACUCAAAAGAGGAUCAUAUGAGGUGUAUGUAGUGUGACACACAACCUAGACUGGGUAAGGACGGUAGAUUUCCUUAGGCCAUUGUCACUGAAUCCAGCAACUAUCCUUUUUCCAAUUUUUAGUUGUUAACUAAAUUUAAAUUCCACAGCACCCUUGUUGGAUUUGAAUUCAGGCUUCUGUAUUAACGUUCUGAUGGCAUUGCUGCUGUUCGACCUGAAUACUGUGGUUGGGCCCCUGAUUGGUGUCCUGGCACACUCUCCCGACAGAGGAUCUCCUUUCUGGGUUUGGUUAUAAGAAUGAUCUUGCAAUGUGGAGCUCUGUCCUCCUCUUCUGCAAUUAGUCUCCACCAGGGGAGCUAGUGUGGACAUUGCUGGUAUCUAGCUGUCAUUGGAAGUGCCCUGAUCCCAUUGUUAAUUGGUGCAGAGUAGAAUGUUAUCAUCUGUUCACCAUCGGGCCUCCAUUUUAGCACAUGAGGGCAACUUUUAUAGCACAGCUUCUAAAUUCUAAGGAAUUUAACAGUAUAUCCUGGGGUAUCUAAUAGGAAAGUAGCAGUAUAUCCACCACAUGUUUAAAAUCCAAUUUCUAAGCAUUGUUGUCCUGUGGAUCAUAAAUUCAGAUUACUUUGUGUCUAAGUGAUUCUAGCAAAAUUAGUACAAUGUCAUCAAAAGCCUAUUAUCAAUUAUUAGGCUUCUAUUAUACUAAGGUAGCAAUGGGCAAACUUGUGAUUCAGUCUAGUUGUGUACUCUGUAAACUGUAUUAAAUUUAUUGUAAUGACAGCAUGAAGCAUUGCUCUGUAUAUAUUGCAUUAUUGUUGAUCAAGUUAAAACAAAAUGUUUUCCUCUGAUAAAAAUAAAAAUAA